AGAAAGCCUCAUGCUGGUGAAAAGGUCAUCUCUCAAAUUUAACAGGCUACACCCACAGGCAUCAACAGGUAUGGACUAUGUGUAUUUAUUAUUGUGAAUAUCUCUUACUUUCACUUCGGAAUGCUGCAUAGAAAAUCACGACAGGUGGGUGGCAGGUGUGAAGCGUCAGUGACAAACCCUGAGCUCCGGUCAGUUCUGCAUGUCGGCUGUCUUUCACCGGGUUACGGUAGCACGUGGAUGGAUGAGAGGAUGCGCGGCUGUGAUUGGUCCAGGCACGCGGAUCCCAGCAGGACCACUGUGCUCUCUACUUGUCAUUACUGUUGCUCCGAUUCACAAGCCCAUGAACACCGCUGGGCUCAGUGUGUCCGUCUCCUCCCGGACUUGGAAUUAAUCUCGCAUUAUUUUUUUUAAAGCGGCGGCUCGCACCAUGGAUGCUACUAUUUAUCAGAUCAUAUUUGGGGAGCUCAUGGACUUAAACUGUAGUUUGAUAGAUGCUUUCCAAGAUACUUUUUUGGAAAACGCGUCAUUGUCAUUGCUGAGCACUGAUGGUUUAUAUUGCAAUGCCACAACCGAUGAGAUUGGAACCUGCUGGCCGCGGAGCAGCACCGGGAGUAUUGUAGAGAGACCCUGCCCUGAGUACAUCAACGGGGUGAAGUACAACACAACGAGGAGUGCUUACAGGGAAUGCAUGGAUAAUGGGACGUGGGCGUUGAAGAGCAAUUACUCCAGUUGUGAGCCCAUUUUGGAGGAGAAGAGAAAAUACCCAAUGCAUUAUAAAAUAGCGCUGAUCAUCAACUACCUAGGCCACUGUAUCUCCGUGGGAGCUCUAGUCGUGGCCUUCAUUCUCUUCUUGUGCUUAAGGAGUAUACGAUGUCUUCGAAACAUCAUCCACUGGAACUUGAUCACCACCUUCAUACUGAGGAAUGUUAUGUGGUUUUUACUUCAGUUGAUUGACCACAAUAUCCAUGAAAGCAAUGAGCCCUGGUGUCGAUUAAUCACAACAAUAUACAACUACUUUGUGGUGACAAACUUUUUCUGGAUGUUUGUUGAAGGAUGUUACCUUCACACAGCCAUUGUAAUGACUUACUCAACUGAUAAGCUCCGAAAGUGGGUCUUCCUUUUCAUCGGCUGGUGUAUACCAUGUCCUAUAAUUGUAGCCUGGGCCAUAGGAAAGCUGUAUUAUGAAAAUGAACAAUGUUGGUUUGGUAAAGAACCGGGAAAAUAUAUGGAUUACAUUUACCAGGGACCGGUUAUUCUUGUGCUUCUGAUAAAUUUUGUUUUCCUCUUCAACAUAGUGAGAAUUCUCAUGACCAAACUAAGAGCCUCAACCACAUCUGAAACAAUACAAUACAGAAAAGCCGUAAAAGCAACGCUGGUCCUGCUACCUCUGCUGGGCAUCACUUACAUGCUCUUCUUUGUGAAUCCGGGGGAGGACGACAUCUCACAAAUUGUUUUUAUCUAUUUCAACUCCUUUCUGCAGUCUUUUCAGGGGUUCUUCGUGUCAGUGUUUUACUGCUUUCUAAAUGGAGAGGUACGUUCUGCAGUGAGGAAACGAUGGCAUCGCUGGCAGGACAACCACGCCCUCAGAGUGCGAGUGGCACGAGCCAUGUCCAUCCCGACAUCUCCAACCAGGAUCAGUUUCCACAGCAUCAAACAGACCACAGCUGUGUGACCAGGGGAGCCGGCAAAUAAUCUCCUACUUCAGCAACCCGAGGGAACAGACUUAAUCUUUUUGUCCAGUACAAACAAUGAAGUGAUUUACAGAACAGACUGAUUCCUCUAACAAGGCCACAAUGUGUCCAGUGUGACUGAAGGGCCAGACAAUUUCUGUUGUCUGAUGAGAGUAACAGCAUCUAGAAGUACACUUUUACAGCACACAAAGUAUGAAUGGACACAUGAAAUUCUUGGAGGAUUUAUUUCCCAUAAGAUACUGUACGCAAGGUUCAGGGCUUGAGUUUUAAUGGAAUGGAAUAUUUAAAAGACAUAAAAGUGGCAUGAUCAUCAAACUGUCACAUCACAAAAAGUCUUAUCGUCUGAUCUUAUCGCUGUCAUCUCACUGCUUGGUGGUUAUCAGUGGAGCUAGAUAAUCCUACAGGAUUUACAGCAGGAUACAAGUGCUCCCGCACUUGUAAGCAACUGCUCCAUUCUUCGGUAGUGGAAGGGGAGACAAGGAAUACUUGCAAUUUAAUUAGAUACAUCGAUCAAGGUGCACUCAAAAUGUUGCCAAAAAAAAGAAGCUAUUUUCUGUUUAGGGUGAUGAAUAUCAAAAUGCAAAAAUGCUCUUUGAGUUAACUGCCCGUUGGCAUCAACAGCUGCUUUUGACGACAAGGAAAGAGGCUUAAGGGAAGAAGAGUGUUUGACUGAAUUAAAUAUCAAAAACUAUACAGUGUAAAAGGAAGAAGAUUCAAAAGAGGCAAUGCUCGCUUGUUAAAAGGGAUUAAAUAAAUGUUGUGUGAUGUGAACAAUUGGUAUUCACCUCAAAACACGUAGUUGUGACAUAUUUUAGUCAAUUUGAGAUGAUGAUUUUAUACUAAGAAGCCAUUCUAAUGGAGCCUUCAUAUUAUGUCCUCAGAGAAGCCCGGGUCUUCUCCAUUAACUUUGUGUUCUUUUAUACAAAGAUUUUUUUGUCUUGUAAUGUACUGUUGUAAAAAUUGUUACACUGCUUCACGAGCUAACCUUCACUUUGUUCCACAUAUUUGUUUCAACCAUUAUUUUUCACUUCCCCUUUGUUGUGUUUUACUUUUUUUCCCUCCUCAGUGAAGGAAAGGUGUGAACAUGAAGAGCUUUUUAAUGUGUUUGAGCUCCCUGAGGCUGGUGGAUGAACUGUCCCAAAUUUAAGCACUCUUUCACACAGGUACAGAUAAUAUUAGUACAUUAAAUAUCACAUAUGGAGUUGAAAAAGUCAUUUAUGUAAUGUAUAUUACUGGAACUGUCAUGCAUGGAUUUAUCAUGCAGGCGCUGCGGAAGCAGAUUAAAUUAUUUUGGCUUUAUGAAAUCCGUGCGGCUUUCUAGUAAUCAGUGUCACAACUAAGCUGUUGGUUCAAAAGAAGAGAAACUUGAUGAAGUGAACACCAGUUGCCUGUAACUUCUAUACCUGCUCAGGCUGCUCACAUAAUAAUGGGAACAGACAUUGAUCUACCAUGUCAAAUAAAAACAAAAUGAAGAGGGGGGAGGAAAUAUUAUGAAAAGGAUUAUGAAGAAAUUUUAGUAAGUCUGAAUUAUGCUGAAAAGCUUAUAUUUAAUGGAGAUGGUCCUCUGUAUGUCCCUACAGUCCUAACAUAACACAUUCUCAUCUGACUCUCAGCGAGAAAGCAUAACUGCCAAUGGAAUGGAUGCAUCCACCACAUUACCCAAACAUUG